AUGACCCUCAAUGGUUCAGCCUGUCCUGCGCCGUUUCUGCUAGAGGCGUUGUAUCCGCGUGAGGGUGGCUAUAUCCCCGGUCGCUAUUGCAAGGCAUUUGACAGCGCAUCGUGUUGUCUCCCCUGCCCAGUCACCAACUGGCGAUACCCUGAUGAAUAUCAGAACGAACUCGACAUCCCCGGCUGGAUCGCGGUCGUCGUUCUCGUCCUCGUCGUCUGGUUACUCCUCACCUUUCUCCUGCUCCAUCCAGACGAUACAUGGCGUCAUUAUCUCUCCACAACCCCAUUGCUGGGCUUUGUCCUUGUCUCACUGGCGUUUAUCAUCCCGUUGAACCAAGAGGUCAAUCAUUGUUACGAUGCGAUCACGCCAAAUGACUGGCGGUCGGAUACCAGAUGUGCUUUUACGGGUAUUCUGCUGAUGCUCGGGGUGUGGAUUGUCGUCAUCAGUUGCUUCUUCCGAUCGGUCUCGCUAUACCUCCAUCUCUGCUGGGAAGUCGAUCUCGGUCAGAUAUUCAUGUAUACCUCUCUCACCACCACGAUUGUCGGCUCCAUCGCCCUCGUGAUCCUCCUUGUGGGAGUGUCUGGAAUAUCCUACCAAGUUGGCAAAACCUGCUACAUUAGCAUUCCGCACAGCAAGGCGACCUUUUGGGGCCCCAUGAUGGCAGUCGCGGCGUUAUCCAUAAUCCUUCAGACGAUGAUCAUCGCCUUUUGCGUUUAUACAGUGGUCCGACCGGUGUACGAUAGCUGGAUAGCAUCGCGAUACUCGAGUGACGAAGAGUCCAUAAUCUCGUAUACCGCUUUCAGCGCGCGCCAGGCGUCUCGAAGAGUGUUGCGUAUUCUGCGGAUGCAGUGGAGAGCCAUUGCCAUUGUGGUUUUGGUGCUCAUCCAUGUUGUUUUUAUGGCGAUUGCGUUUCAAACGCUGCAUUUGCCGGAGCAUUACUCUCUGGCCGAGGUGAGGCCAUGGUUUCAAUGUCUCAUCAAUUCAAAUGGGGAUAAGAAUGAAUGUCUGUCGUAUGCGAAGCAUCUGGGCCCAAGUCGCGUGAUGUGUAUUGUUGCAUUGUCCAUUGUCUCGUCCUGCGGCAUCUGGGGUCCUGUAUGCUGCGUCCGAUCGACCAUGGCGAUAGGAUGGAUUGAACUCUUCCGAGGCCAGCAACCCACCGAACAAACUCCGAGUCCAGGUCAUUCUGAAAAUCCGGACAUCGAGACCCUCAUUGACAGCGACUCUCAUCAACUCGCCGUCGUUUCGCCCGGUGGAAAAAUCGAACUACGAUGA